AUGAGCAAUCUUGGCAGACUGCAAGGCUCCCUGCCAAUUGCUCGCGUGGGUGGCAAUACACAAGAUAUCGCGAUCUUCGAUGAAUCGCAAAAGACCGGCCUCGUAGGUGUCAUUCGCCCAAACAUCUCGGCCGACUACCCUACGAUCAUAACUAUUGGCCCAUCGUAUUUCGAAUCCUACAAAACUAUGCCCAAGGGCACGAAGUUUGUCCACGGCUUUAACAUGGGUGCCAAUUCCAGCGUGGCGAGAUCCGCGACUUGGGCAUCCGUGUCUUAUGCUUGCAAAGCGAUCGGAAGCGACCUGCUGUUUUGGGAAUACGGCAACGAGCCUGAUCUUUUCCAUGCUUCUGGUUACCGACCUGCUAACUGGACUGAGGCCGAAUAUGUUUCCGAAUGGCUGAACGGCACCGCCGCUAUUGAAGAGGCCACAAAGGCAGCUUGCCCAGAGCUCGCGGGAACCAAGUUCAUGGCGCCGAGUUUCGCAGGCGUCGCGCGCAACGACUACUUCACUUUGGAUCCCGUUGAUGCCUUCAGACAAGGACUUGACGAGAGGAAGAACAUCGGCUUGAUCGCUUCUCACAACUACAUGGGUGUUUCUACCAACCCUGGUAUUACGUUGCAAGGCACCUUGAUGAACCACAGUAGUGUCAUCGAUAAGGCGAAUGCUCAGCUUGAUGUGUCAAGAGGCAUCAAGGAACUGGGAGAGGCGCUAGAUCCGAGCGUCCCAUUCAUCAUGGGCGAGCACAACUCGCUCGCCCGACAGGGACGACCCGGUCUAAGCAACAGCUUCGGUGCUGCCUUAUGGGGUGUAGAUUGGAACGUCUACCUCGCGUCUCAAAACCUCUCCCGCUCUCACAUGCACCAAGGAACAAACUACCGUUACCAAUCAUGGCAACCAGUCGAAACAAACAUCACGACCAAAGGCACCAAACCUCCCUACUACGGUAACCUAGCCGUCGCAUCCUUCCUACACAAACCAUCACCUUCCUCCCAACUCAAAAUCUCGCACCUCCCAUCAUCCUCCAUAUACUCCGCUCAUUAUGCCGCUCACGUGGAUGACAAGCUCACCCGCCUUCUCCUCGUCAACCUGCACACAUACAACACCACCGCGGAUAACAACUACACCACACCUUUUGCGCGACCGAUGGAAACCUACGCGUUCCAAUUACCAAGCGAGUGCAAGGGUGAGGCGAAUGUGCAGAGGUUGUUGGCUAACGGAAGUGAUGCUAUCACGGGUAUCACGUGGGAUGGAUAUAGUUACAAUUAUGAGUUGGAUGAGGGGAAGCCUGUGAGAAUGGGUAAUGUGACGUGUGGGGAGAGUGCGAAGGUCGAUGGGAAGGGUGUGGUGAGCGUGGAGGUACCAUGGAGUAGUGCUGCGAUCGUUAGUUUGGAAUGUUGA